AUGAGACAGUUGUCGCUCAGGCAUUUGCCCGCGCAUUCCUUUCCGUCGCAGGUGUCGCACGCUGCGCCUGGUCCGUCAGCUUCGGCCUGUAUAGAGGCCUACACAUUCCCGGAUGUGAGGGGGGGGGGGGCGCUCUAUGCUGGAGUUGUGCUCUCGCUGGUUUCCAGUCUUCCACAGCACGUGGGACCGGCGAGGGUCAGCAUCAUUGAGUGAAGUGGACACCGGCUGGCUGCUACACAUCUGGCAACAUGAAGUAUAUCCUGGUGACAGGUGGUGUAAUCUCUGGUAUUGGAAAGGGAAUCAUUGCAAGCAGCAUUGGGACAAUCCUGAAAUCUAGUAACUUGCAUGUCACCUCUAUCAAGAUUGAUCCAUAUAUCAACAUUGAUGCUGGAACUUUCUCUCCAUAUGAGCAUGGUGAGGUUUUCGUACUGGAUGAUGGAGGUGAAGUAGAUUUAGAUCUUGGAAAUUAUGAGCGUUUUCUGGAUAUCCGAUUAACAAAGGACAACAACCUAACAACUGGAAAGAUUUAUCAGUAUAUGUUAUUAACAAGGAGAGAAGAGGAGACUACCUCGGGAAGACUGUGCAAGUUGUCCCUCACAUCACAGACGCCAUCCAAGAAUGGGUGAUGCGGCAGGCUUUGAUUCCUGUAGAUGAAGAUGGAAUAGAGCCAGAAGUCUGUGUCAUUGAGCUAGGGGGAACAGUGGGAGAUAUUGAGAGCAUGCCAUUUGUGGAAGCUUUUCGCCAAUUUCAGUUUAAAGCUAAAAGAGAGAAUUUCUGCAACAUACAUGUCAGUCUUGUACCUCAGCCCAGUUCUACUGGAGAGCAGAAAACAAAGCCCACUCAGAACAGUGUCAGGGAGCUUCGAGGAUUGGGUCUCUCUCCAGAUCUAGUUGUGUGUCGGUGCACUACACCUUUGGAUACCUCUGUAAAGGAGAAAAUAUCCAUGUUUUGCCAUGUGGAACCACAGCAGGUGAUCUGUGUACAUGAUGUGUCAUCGAUAUACAGAGUCCCUCUCUUACUAGAGGAGCAGGGGGUGGUUGACUAUUUUCGCCAACGUUUGGAUCUUCCAAUCGGUCGUCAGCCCCGCAGAAUGCUAAUGAAGUGGAAAGAAAUGGCAGACAGAUAUGACCGCUUACUGGAAUCUUGUAGCAUUGCUCUUGUGGGAAAGUAUACAAAAUUUUCAGACUCCUAUGCAUCAGUUAUCAAAGCAUUAGAGCAUUCUGCACUAGCUAUAAACCACCGAUUAGAGAUCAAGUAUAUAGACUCUGCUGAUUUGGAGCCAAACACUCUUCAGGAGGAGCCUGUGCGCUAUCAUGAAGCAUGGCAAAAGCUUUGCAGCUCAGAUGGUGUGCUAGUCCCUGGAGGGUUUGGUGUUCGUGGUACAGAGGGCAAGAUCCAAGCCAUAUCCUGGGCACGCAAACAGAAAAAAAAGCCAUUCUUGGGGGUCUGUCUGGGGAUGCAGCUAGCAGUUAUUGAAUUUUCAAGAGAAGUAUUAGGCUGGAAAGAUGCUAACUCUACAGAGUUUAACCCAAAAACAAGUCAUCCAGUGUUGACACUGUUUUCUGAACAUAAUCCAGGUCAGAUGGGGGGCACCAUGAGAUUGGGAAAAAGAAGAACUAUAUUUCAUUCUCAGAAUUCAGUCUUGCGGAAAUUAUACGGUGGCCAAGAGUAUGUAGAAGAGAGACAUCGACACAGAUAUGAGGUAAACCCAGAGCUUAGACAUGAUAUGGAGGCCCGAGGUCUGACAUUUGUUGGACAGGAUACAGAAGGAGAAAGAAUGGAGAUGGUAGAGUUAGAAGAUCACCCAUACUUUGUUGGCAUUCAGUAUCAUCCAGAGUUCACAUCCCGUCCUAUCAAACCCUCCCCUCCAUAUUUUGGCUUGCUGCUUGCCUCUGCAGGGAGACUAGCCCAGUAUAUUGAGAGGGGAUGCCGCCUCUCCCCCAGGGAUACGUACAGUGACAGAAGCGACAACAGUUCUCCUGACACAGAGAUUGCAGAACUCAAACUACCAGUAAUAAAUCAUGACUGA